GGUUGCAGACCGCUUAAAAUAAUUCAAAGAGAGAAUGUCUAAAAGCACACGAAAUAGGGUUGAACAAUUAUCAGAAAUUAACAAGCUAGAAAUUAAGGGAGAAAGGGAAACGCGGAUGGGAUGUUGUAAGCCAUUUCAAUCUUGUAAUCUCUUGGCAGGUUACUAAUCGGUAAAGUUGGGAAAACGAAGGUCCAGCUCAAAUUGAUCCAAAGCCGAGCGUUGACUGAAGAACUUAUACUGGAAAAAACAUGGCAGCCGUGCGAUUAAUAUCGAAAAGUACAGUUCAUGCUGCAAAUGACAGGGCAUCAAGUGGGAGGAUCGAGCUAAAUACAUGGGAUAUUCGAAACCUUCAAAUCGGGUAUAUCCAAAAGGGACUUCUUUUUCCCAAGCCUAAACUACCUCUGCACUUCAAGAGCUCCGGAAACAUGCUGAUCCACCACUUAAAAACCUCUCUCUCCCAUACUCUACACUGCUUUCCAUUGCUCGCAGGUCGCCUAGCAACGACCCAACAUGAAGAUGACACCAUUUCCUUUUUUGUCGACUGCAACAAUGCUGGAGUUUUGUUUAUACAUGCAGCAGCCGAUGGAGUAACUAUUUCUGACAUCAUUAAGCCUGUUUACGUUCCAUCUAUUGUUCACUCCUUUUUCUCACUGAAUGGGCUCGAUAACUACAAGGGUAUCACGCACCCAUUACUUGGAAUGCAGAUAACAGAUCUUGCAGAUGGUAUAUUUAUUGGUUGCAGCAUUAAUCAUGUUGUGGCGGAUGGUGCAUCGUUCUGGCAUUUCCUUAAUUCGUGGUCAGAAAUUUCUAAGGGUUCAAUCUACUUAUCCAAGCCCCCCGUUUUCCAACGUUGGUUUCCUGAUGGCAUGGAUAUCCCCAUUCGUAUUCCAGAAUCUUGUGUGAAUGUCGAACAAACCAAUGAAGACUUCAUUCUACCACCUGUACGAGAAAGGAUUUUCCAUUUCUCAAAGGAAAACAUUACAAAACUCAAAGCAAAAUCUAAUGCUGAGAUGGGCACCGAUAAAAUCUCCUCCCUUCAAGCUCUGUUGUCCCAUAUUUGGCGAUCUGCUAUCCACAACAGAAGCUUUGACCCAGAUCAAGAGACCAACUACCGCUUUGUAGUUGGUGUUAGACAAAGGUUUCAGGAGAUUCCUGACAACUAUUUCGGGAAUGCAAUUCUGGGCACGUUUGUAACUAUGAAAGCAAAAGAGCUAGUGGAACAAGGCAUUGGGAAUUCGGCGUGGCGAAUGAAUAGGAUAAUUGCCGCAAUGACAGGAGAACGUAUCAAGAAGGUGUUUGAGAGUUGGCCAGCAAGCCCGAGUUUCGUUACUCUCAGCAAUGGGGAUGCUUUGAUCACAAGUAGUCCCCAAGAUUCAAUAUGUAUGGAAAUGAUUUUGGAUGGGGAAAGCCAAUUGCAAUAAGAAGCGGGUCAUCCAACAAGUUUGAUGGAGUGCUUACAUUAUAUUGUGGAGCAGAAGAAGGAAGUAUUGACAUUGAAGCAUGCUUUUUUCCAGAGACUUUGGAGGCUAUGGCAAAUGAUCAAGAAUUCAUGCAUAUAGUAACCGUCUAAUUGCAUUCCAUAAUUGACAGUACCAAAUGAGCUGUUAUUAUUAACAGUUGUCGGGUUUUUGUAAGUAAAAGUACAAUGUUUAAUUUUUGUAAUGCUUUGAAAAUGAAAAUAAAGAUUUUGGGAACACUCCCU